AUGGGCCGCUCAAGCUAUCCCCCACAACUGGACAGUCCCUCCCGCCAGCUCGUCCUCGAUCUGGCCCGGGACCUGGAGCAACUACGCGUCCACAAUACGGAGCUCAAGAAAGUUAAGGCAUACGAGCGCCGUUCGUUCUACGAAAACCUCGAUCGUAUCGACAGCGAACUUGAAGCUCAACACAAUGCCGCCCUAGACCGCGUCGCUGCCCUGCACGAGCGCGUGCUCGAGGAGGCCGAGGAGACCCUCCGCAGUCACCAGCGCGCGGUUGAAGAGGAGAACCGCCGGCGCGAGGAAGAGGCGCGGCGCGAGGCUGAGCGGCUCGCCAGACUGGAGCGGGAGAAGCAGGAGCGGCUGCGGCGAGAGCGAGAGGAGGCCGCAGCGGAGGAGGCCAGACAGAAGGCUGCCGCAGAAGCCAAGAAGAAGGAAGAGGAGGAGGCGAAGCGGAAGCAGGAGGCUGAAUUGGCCGAAAAGAAGAAGGAGAUGGAGCGGCAAGCGGAGGAGAACCGGCGACGCGAGGAAGAACAAAAAAAGGCCGAGUUAGAACAGGUGGAGAAGGAGAAGGCCCAGAAGCUCCAGGCGGAGCAACAGAAGAAACUUGGCGGCGGGCGGUUGUCUGAGGAGGAGGUGAAAGUCCAGGGUCGCUACGUCGAGCUGCAUCGACAACUGAAGACACUGCGACAGCGGAUGAAGGAUGAGUCGAAGCAAAACCCGGUUAUCAAGCAGAACCUGGGAGAGAUCCGUCGGACGAUCAAGAAAUGUGUCGGUCAGCUUCGAGAAGGGAAGGGAACCAACAAGCAUCAGAUUCAGGAGAUCCGGAACACUCUCGAAAAGGCCGCUUCCAUUGCGGAGCCGACCGUCAACAUCUGUGAUUAUUUGGCGUUUCCCCCGCCAGAGAUUGCCAACUCCGGUGAUACCCAGGUGCCCGCGAUGUUGAUCUACGGGUUGAACAUCUUCUCGAAGAGUCUGAUCUCUGCGCUUCUCACUGAAGCAUCCCUCAAUCAGGGCCACGCCGAGCCCGUCGGAAUAGUGGCUGCACAAAUUUUCUCCAUGGAUGCCUUCAUCUACAAGGGCUGCCCUAUGGUGGACAUCUUGUGGGCAAAGUACCGGGUCGUGUGUCCAGCGCUUUGGGGUUUCUACGGGAACGAGAAGACCGAAGGUGGCCGCCGCGCCCUGGCUUGGUGGCGCGAAUCUCCGGAUGGUCCAUACAUCAGUGAGCAGGGCCAUGCCGAUCGAAUGACAGCUCUGGGUGCGGGUUUUGCUUCCAUCACCCUGCGCAACUUUGGCAAAACUCCCCGCAAGAACCCAUUUCCGAACCACCUGUUUUGGUUCGCUAUGCACAAGAUUCUGAGUAUUCCCGUUGACGAAAUCCAAGAAACACAUGUCAUCCUUCUUUCGGCCAUGUUGAAGUCGUCUGCGGAGAGGAUAUUCGGGUUCUUCGGACACAUUGGUCUGGGACUGAUGCGGAGAGCCAUUGUCGACUUGCCCAACGCCCUUCCACGCCAAAGCAUGGGUGUCAAUCAGUUGAAGCUUCUCAAGGAUCUGUACAAACGCGAGAAGAACAUCAUCAUCUGA